AUGAACAUUUCAUUUACACGUCGUAAUGUUGAAUUUAGUGCUGAUGAUGGCGUCAUCCUGCGAGGUUGGCUGUACGAGCCUGUUCGAGAAACUAAUAAUGAACAGUUGUAUCCAGCAAUCGUAAUGACACAUGGUUAUGGAGCUGUAAAAGAGCUCUAUUUGGAUUUAUAUGCCGAAUUCUUUGUGCAAUCAAAGUUUGUUGUACUUGUGUACGAUCAUCGAAAUUUUGGCGAGAGUUCGGGUGAGCCCCGUCAAGAAAUUAAUCCAAUAAAACAAAUUCAAGAUUAUAGUUCGGCGAUAACGUAUUUACAAUCGUUAACAAAUCUUGUCGACUCCCAGCGUAUCGGUAUAUGGGGUACAAGUUACAGUGGUGGUCAUGUACUUGUUGUGAGUGCAACUGACAAACGUGUGAAAUGUGUUGUUUCACAAAUGCCAUCCAUUAGUGGAAAACGAAAUUUGCAACGACGAAGCAAAAACGAAGAUGAAUUUCAAAAAUUAUUGAAAGCCUUCGAACGAGAAAGAGAGAGAAGAGCAGCGGGUAACACACCAAGGGUAAUACCAAUAAUUCGACCAGAAGAGCAGAAAGACUGGUGGAAUUUUUUUGAUGUUGAUCAUGCAUUGGAUAAGGAUAAGUGGCGUUACCAAAACUGGAGGAACGAACAAACGUUGCAUAGCGUAGAAAUGUAUGGCGAAUAUGAACCCGAUGACUAUAUUGAAAAAAUUUCACCAUGUCCAUUGUUGAUGCUCGUAGCUAGCAAUGAUACAGUAACAUUUACGGAAGAUGAAAUUGAACUAUUUAAUAAGAAAGCUGGUGAACCGAAAAAAUUAGUAACGUUUGAUGGUGGUCACUUUUCAGCGUAUAAAGAACAGUUUCAGGUUGUAGCGCAAGCAGCGAAUGAGUGGUUCAUAAAACAUUUACAGUCUAUAUAA